AUGAAAGGUCGUCUAGAUUCAAGUUUACAUUUAACGUCGUAUAUUUUGAUUCCGUAUUAUCAUUAUAUGGAUCCAAAUAUCCAAUAUGAUCCCGAUAUAAUGAAUGGCGUUCUUGAUUUUUUUGAUACAAUACUUCGUGGAAAUUUUGAGAUGCAAAGGCAAGUCGUGACUAUUGACUUGCCAAAGUACAAGAAAAAAGUUGAUAGAUUUGGUUGCGAUCUUGCAAUUAAACAUUGUGCGGUGAACGAUGCCGAGUUCGAUCCGGCUAGUUGGUGGGGACUAUUUGGUGGCACAACUCCUCAUUUGACAAAGAUUGCAAUGUGGAUUCUUUCUUUAACUAGUAGUUCAUCAGGUUGUAAAAAGAAUUGGAGCACGUUUGAGGGGGUACAUACAAAAAAACGAAAUAGAUUAGAGACAAGCAAAUUGAACAAUCUUGUUUUUGUUCAAUUCAAUGCUAAUUUAAUGGAAAAAAACCAAAAGAGAAAAGAUAGAACUAUGGAAGUGCUAUUAGCAAAUCAUUCACACUCGGCUCAAGAAUGGAUUGUUGAUUGUGAUAAGCAUGAUGUAGUUGAAGAAGACCCCGAAACGGUUAAUGAAGCUCUAGCAACCGAUGAUAGUGAAGCUCCCCGAGAAAGUUCAAGAAUGAGGGAACUUUUCGAUGAAGAUUUUGAGUCUGAAAGUGAGGAGGAAGUGCUAGAAGAAGACGAAUAUAAGUUUGAUGGGGUUCAAAUAAUGGAAGAUAAUUUGGAUUAA